AUGGAUUCCAAGAUCAUAUUCUUCUCCAUCACCCUUCUGUUCAGUAGUGCCACGGCUAUUGACAUCACCGCCGUCCUUGGCCAGUACCCAUCUUUCAGCACCUUCAGAAGCUACUUAUCUCAGACCCACCUAGCUGACGAGAUCAAUGCACGCCAGCCGCCUUAUACCAUUUUGGUGGUCGACAAUGAUAACAUUGGCCCUCUAUCUGGGAUGUCACCAGAUGUGCUGAAAAAGGUCAUGAGUGUUCAUGUGAUUCUUAAUUACUUUGAUGCUCAAAAGCUCCACAACUUGCCGGGUCAAGGUGAGUUGGCGACUACGCUCUUUCAGGCGUCUGGUCAGGCUGUGGAUAAUCAGGGGUUCCUGAACGUCACGAAUUCGGGCAAACAGGUUGUGCAGUUUGUUUCUAAAGCUAAAGGUGCUGCCGUGUCGUCUUUUAUGGUGAAGCCGGUUGAGACUCGGGCUUAUGACUUGUCCGUGUUGCAGAUCAGCAAUGUCAUUAUUCCUUUCAGCGUUUUUAAGACUGCAACUUCUCCCUCAUCGUCUCCAGUUACAACUUCUUCUCCCUCAUCGUCUCAAGUUACAACUUCUAGCCCUGCCAAGUCCCCUGUUUCUGGCCCUGCAAAAUCUUCUCCUGUUUCCGGCCCUGCCAAAUCCUCCAGCCCUGCAAAGUCUCCUGUUUCUGGCCCUGCCAAAUCCUCUAGCCCCACAAAGUCCCCUGCUUCUGCCCCUGCAAAAUCUUCCGGCCCCGCAAAGUCCCCAGUUUCCGGCCCCACAAAGUCUCCGGUUUCUGGCCCCACAAAGUCUCCGGUUUCUGGUCCUGUUUCUGCCCCGGUUUCCGGCCCCGCAAGGUCUCCCAUUUCUGGCCCCGUUUCUGGCCCGGCCAAGUCCCCCUCUGCUAGCCCGUCUAGUGCACCGACUAGUAGCCCAAUAUCAUCUCCAGCAUCAAGCCCGACUGGUAGCCCAAUAUCAUCUCCAGCAUCAAGCCCAAGGAAGAUGUUGUCACCAUCUCCAUCCCCAUCAGAGACUGACACAGAGACUGAGACACCAACUGAAGCACCAGAAUCUAGUGAAGGAUCGCCAUCUCCAUCCCCAUCGAACACACCAACUGCACCAUCAGAAUCUGAAUCUAGUGCAGAAACUCCUGAAUCUACUGAUUCCAGUGUUGGCACGGCUUUGGGGGUUAGUGCAGGCAUUAUUGCAGCAACAAUCUCAUCAAAUCUAUUCCUCAUGUUGAUGGCUUAA